AGUUUAUAAUCAAUUAAAAUUUAUUUGAUUUUUUCUUUUUAUUUAAAGUAUUUAGCAAAUUGUUUAUAAAAUCUUACAUUUUAUAAUUUGGACAAUUGUUAAAAUAUUUUCUUUAAAAUUUUUAGUUUUGUAUAAUAGUUGUGAGCUAAGAAUUUUCAUUUGAAUACUGGAGGUUUUAAAGUGUGAACAAAGAAAAUAGGAUCAAAUACUACAUUUAAACAUUUCCAUUUACAAAAAAAAAAAGAAAUAACAAUGAAUCACAGUAAUCAGUAUUGGCAAUCCACACAACCUAAUCCAAACUUUGUCCAAGAUAGGCCAAUUUAUGAUAAUUCGUUGGGCCAAACAGUAACAAAUAUUCCUUGUUAUGGAAAUGGUUUGGGUGCUUCAAUUAGUACACAACCAAGCUAUCCAAAUUAUGGUCAAGGAUUAGGUCAAUCUAUACAAACACAACCAAGUUAUGGUUAUGGUCAAGGUUUAGGACAAUCAAUUAGUUCUCAUCCAAGUUAUGGAUUCGGAGGUAAUAUGGGGCAAUCAAUUAGUAGUCAACCUAGUUAUGGUUUCGGUGGAUCAGGUGGGUUAGGACAAUCAAUAAGUACACAACCAAGUUAUCAGCCAAUCGGGGGACUAGGAACAUCUAUUAGUUCGCAACCAAGUUAUGGAGGUGGUGGUUUUUCAGAGAAUAUACAAACUCGUCCAAGUCAAUUUUGACGAUGGUCUUGGAUUUUAUUUUAUAUAUUUGUAUUUAUUGCUUUUCUUGUAAUGAAAAAUUUACUGUAUUCAAAAAAAGUAUUAAAUAAUGAAGAAGAACGUAUAGCUAUCUAAAUAAAUGUUUAAAAACUUAAAUAGAAUCAAGA